CAUUAACUCUUUUUUCCCCCCUAAUUUCCAUCGUUUUAUAAUUUUGCUUUGCAGACUCAUCUGGAAUGGAAUUAUAGCUUCCCUUUCCAAACUAUGUCUGUCUACUACUGAUUUUGUGGUUUCACCCACCCAUGAACCUUUUCAGUUCUUCAGCCCAAUAGCAGAGCCUAUGUAUGUGGCUGAGAAUUUCAGUCAUAUUAUUGUACGUUCGUACGUCACCUCAUAGCUGGGCCCAGGUUGUAGCCAAGAGGCUGGUAUCUGUUCCCCUCAAGUAGUCAGCUUUGUAUAAGCUAUCUUUAAUUUUACCUGUUGUUAGGCUUUUUUCUUGGAAAGAGGAGCCUCACCCCUAACACCAGUUUAAGGGUUCAUCUUAAACUUCCUCCCAUCUGUCUCCCAUCCUCUGUAUUGUAUUAUUAUUUUUCUCUUUAAAGAUAGGAAACCUCUUAGCUGUCUUUACACUGCAGACCCUGUUCUUAAUUUUGAUUUUGAAAGGCUAUACUUGUUUUGUUUCCCAUUUAAUAUUUUAUCUGCCAUUGUCAUGUGUUGAGAGCUUGGAAGGCAGGAUGUCACAGAUACAAACUUUUGGCAGUGAUCUCUAGGAAGUUUCCCAAUUGUUCUUUGUUUUUUUUUUUUUUUUUUGGUGCAUUGGCAUACAAGUAGAACCAAAGGGUUUUUUCCCCUCCGUUAUCUUUUGGUGACACAGGUCUUCUCCGAGCCUUUCAACAGCAGGUGGAUGAAAGCAACACAGCUCUUUAAGAUUGUUUGGAAAUUCCCAUUUUCUAAAUAAGACUUUGGACUUCUAGAAGACAGUAGAGUUGGAUGUGGUCUUGAAUCUUUGCUCCAUUACUUCAUUCAACAAGUAUUUUGAGGACCUAUUUUGUGCAACAUUUGCUCUAGGUGCCUGUUUCUUAGGAAUCAUAUAAUAGCUUUGUAACUUUGGGCAAGUAAUCUUGGUACCUCUUCCUUUGCAAAGGAGGCAUAUGUGACUACCCCUUAGGGUUUUUUUUAAGAGAGUAAACUAGAUAAUAACUUAUUAAGUAUAGUAAGAAUUAAUAAGUGUUUGAUGUUAUAAUUUUCAUUACUUUUAGAAGUUCUUUAUAAUAUCAUAGUCUCUCAUUUGUUUGUUCUGCCAAUACAUAACAAGCAUCUACUAAGUGCUCGGUACUGUGCUAGUGUUGCCAGUGUAAUGUUGGGAAAAAGCAGAUGUUAGCCCUGCCCAGUGGGGUUUCCAGAGGAGAGUCAAAGUUGAGUUGUCAUUUCUAGGAGAUGAUCUCCCUUAAAAGAAGUUUGGUUGGUGGCAUAAAGAAAACUUGUGAACUCUUAUUUGUAUUACUAGAUGAUUCUUUCCCCUCUUAGUAAUUUUGCAGUGUAGUAAAAUGUCAGGGCUUUGCUCUAGCCCCUAAAUCAUGCAUCUUAAAAUUUCUUGUCUUGCAGUCAAGAUUUCUAAGUUUUCUUAGGUACCCUAUAUGUCCUAUUACAUCAUUGCAUGUUUAAAGAAGAGGCAUCAAAUAAUGUCAUCUGAAAUGUUGCCAGCAUUUAGUGAGACUUGUAAUGUUGAAAGACAGCAAGACUUAAGUGAAGACGGAGAGGAAAAUCAGAAGCCAGGAUUAAGUGAAAGGUUUCAACCAAUAUCUAAACGGCAAAUGAAGAAGCUAAUGAAACAGAAACAAUGGGAAGAACAACGAGAACUCCGCAAACAAAAGCGGAAGGAGAAACGCAAGAGAAAGCAAUUAGAACGACAAUGUCAACCUGAGUCAAAUUCAGAUGGAAGUGACAGAAAACGUAUUCGAAGAGACGUUGUUCACAGCCCACUCCGCCUUGUCAUCGACUGCAGUUUUGACAGCUUGAUGGUAUUAAAGGACAUUAAGAAACUUCACAAGCAGAUUCAACGAUGUUAUGCAGAAAAUCGACGAGCACUGCAUCCUGUGCAGUUUUAUUUGACAAGCCAUGGAGGCCAGCUGAAAAAGAACAUGGAUGAAAAUGACAAAGGAUGGGUCAACUGGAAGGAUAUCCACAUCAAACCAGAGCACUAUAGUGAAUUCAUACAGAAAGAAGACCUGAUUUAUCUUACAUCAGAUUCACCUAAUAUAUUAAAGGAAUUAGAUGAAUCAAAGGCCUAUGUGAUUGGAGGAUUAGUAGAUCACAACCAUCACAAGGGACUCACAUAUAAACAAGCAUCAGAUCAUGGAAUUGAUCAUGCACAGCUUCCCCUUGGGAAUUUUGUGAAGAUGAAUAGUAGAAAAGUUUUGGCAGUUAAUCAUGUGUUUGAGAUUAUUCUGGAAUACCUGGAGACAAGAGACUGGCAAGAAGCAUUUUUCACCAUUUUACCCCAAAGGAAAGGAGCUGUUCCCACAGACCAAGCCUAUGAAAGUUGUUCAUGUGACAAGAAAUUCGCCAGAGUUGAAGGUGGAUUAAACAGUGAUUCCAGUGAAGAGGAAAAUAGGCAUGAGCUGGAUUCACCACAUGAGGAAGAAAAGCAGGAUAAGGAAAGUAGCACUGAAUCUACAGUGAACUCUGUACCGUACUAGUAUCAUCUUUUUUUUUUUUUCUUAAGGUUAAGGAAAAAUCAGGAGAAAGGUGUUUCAUAGAAUAUUUGAAUUGGAAGGAAAUUUCAUUUUCUUUUAUUUCUGUUGUGAAUUUUUUUAAACUUUCUUUUUGAACUAAGUGAUAAAAAGUACUCAUAAGAAAGCAUUUUUUUGUUCUUGCAUAAGAGUUAAAUAUGUAAAAUAAAAAAUAAUUUUCUAAACCUCAAAUAACCAUUACUUGAGAAUAUUACCCUAUUAGUAAAUCUGUUGGAGAAGGAAAUGGCAACCCACUCCAGUGUUCUGCCUGGAGAAUCCCAGGGACCAGGGAGCCUUGGCGGGCUGCUGUCUAUGGGGACGCAGAGUUGGACACAACUGAAGCAACUUAGCAGCAGCAGUAGCAGCAGUAAAUCUGUAUUCUUUUAUUUACAAGAUUGUGUUCUUCAGAAUGUGCCUUCUGACCUUUCAGUUUUAUUACUAUAUGUUUAUAUCAGUGUCUUUCUGAUUUAUUGCCUGCUUAUUUGUGGAGGCAGGUAUCCUAAAUCUCCUUUAAGUCUAACAAAAUUUUCUGAAUGGGAGGUUACCUUCUAUUUGCAGCUUUUAUAUUCAGUUUAAUUAUUUCAAAGGAAUAUAGUGAUUUUAGGAACAAAGUAGUAUUGGAUUGAUGAGGGGCUUCUGUGGUGGCUCAGUGGUAAAGAAUCCACCUGCCAAUGCAGAAGACAUGAGUUCAAUCCCUGGGUCAGGAAGAUCCCUGGAGAUGGAAAAGGCAACCCAUUCCAGUAUUCUUGGAUUGAAUUGAUAAAUUCAAAAAUUGAUGUCUAUUGGACUAUGGACCCACCUCUAUCCUUUUGUGUGUGUGUGAUGCUUUUGUGGUUCUAAGGCAAGCACUGAGGACUUAAUACUUUAAUAUAUUUUCUUAAUUUAAAUAAUGAUGGUAAAUUAUUUUGAUUACAAAAUUAAUUUUUCAGCCACCAGGGAGGUCCAUUUUUCAAGCUAGAUUAAUUUAAAAGGCUGUUGAGGGAUUUCCCUGGUGAUCCAGUGUUUAAGAAUCCACCUUCCAGUGCAGGGGACACAGGUUCGAUCCCUGGUCUGAGAAAAUUCCACAUGCCGUGGGGUAACUAAGCACGUGCACUUUAACUACGGUGCCUGUGCUCCAGAGCCCUCACGCUGCAACUCCUGAAGCCCACGUGCUCUAGAGCCUGUGCUCCACAAGAGAAGCCACUGCAAUGACAAACCCAUGCACAGCAGCUAGAGAAAGCUCGCAUGCAGCAAUGAAGACCCAGCCCAAUCAAAUAUAAUAAAAGGCAUCGAUGGAUCCAUUUAUGUCAUUACCCAAAUUUAAAAAGAAACAGCUCUUAAAAAAGUAGCCCUUAGCAGCUAUCCUUUUUCUCCUUAUGUACUUCUUUAAAAUAAUGUUGGUUCUUAAGCAAAUAAAGUUAACUUUAUAUGUGCAUCUGUCUAUCAUAUAAUAAUAUUUAAGCUAAUGUAAAUAUGUUUCUGUAAAUAAUAUAAGCAUGUAUGAAAAUAUGCAUAUAAUUGUAUAUACAUCUGUCUGUCCACAUCAUGUAUAAUUCUGUUAUUGAUGAUAGUAGGAUUGAGUUGCCAUAUCUAUAUUAUUUGUGUGAAUGUGCUGAAAAACACUAAGGAAUUUAAAUUUCAUAAAAUGUAAAAAUCUGUAACUAAACAUUUAUAUGAGGGCAUUGGCAAGAGAUGGUAGAGCUAGUAGAUAUUCUAGUUCCUGCCAGUAAAUGUAGAGCAGUUAUAUUUAAUGUGAUUAUUCUUUGUCACAGCUAAAGUAACAUUUCAGAAGCCUUAGUUACUAAGUUUGGAUAAAUUAAGUUUCUGUUUUUUUUACUUAUUGGCAUCUCAGAUUAUAUACAUAUUUGAUCAAAAAUUCACUGAAUUUAAUAUUGAUGUUCACUGUCUCUCUUGUUGCUUUAUUCUUAGUAAGCUAUUACAGUUAUCCAUUUAAAGGUCUGUGAGCAAUGUAUGUAAAUAAAGAAAAGCCCCCACAGUUGUAGAACAGA